AAGGUAGAGAGAGAGGUAGAAUAGAAAGAGAAAAAUGCAGGGAGAGGUAGCUGGUUUCUAAUAAGAGAAAAAGGGAGCACAGCAUAAUUUUGCUAGUGUUCAGCCACUGGGAUAGAAUGAUGUCUUCUGUUUUGCUAUGUACCUUUUUGCUUCAUUUCACUGCGGCUGUGGCCUCAAACCCCCAAUACAUCCUAUGGGUCUCCUCUGUGGUGCAGUGUCACUCCAUGGAAAAAGUUUGUCUCCACCUUUUAAACCUUAAUGAAUCUGUAUCCUUGAAUGUUGUCUUAGAAUACAAUGGAUCUAAUACUACUAUUUUUGAUCUGUCCGUGGAAGAGGAUACCUUCUAUUCCUGUGCACAUUUCAAGGUCUCCCAGAAGUCCUCUGAACAGUUGGCUUUUAUCACAUUGUGGGUGAAGGGAAAUACUCUUACAAUCUUUGAGAGAAGAUCUGUAGCCAUCACUACAGAAGAGACAGUAACUUUUGUGCAGACUGACAAACCCAUCUAUAAACCUGGAGAGAAGAUUAACUAUCGCACUGUGACAUUGGAUACUCAGUUCAAACCUGUGGAGGAUUUGUAUCCUUCAAUCACACUUCAGGACCCUCAAAACAAUGUGAUUUUUCAGUGGAAAAAUGUGACUUCUUUCCAAAAUAUUACCCAGCUCUCAUUUCAACUGAGUUCAGAACCAAUGUUUGGGGAUUAUACAAUUGUUGUGGAAGAAAAAUCAGGACAGACAUGGGCACAUCAAUUUACUGUUAAUAAAGAUGUGUUGCCCAAGUUUGAAGUGAAGGUCAGUGCGCCACAAACAAUAACUAUUUCAGAUGAUGAAUUCCAAGUGGAUGCAUGCGCUAAGUACACCUACGGUGGCUCUGUACACGGAAAAGCCCAAAUCCGAGUAUGCCGAGAAUUACUGUCUUCUAGGAGCUGUGAGGAAGGUGUCAAUGAAAUAUGUGAGCAGUUUGUUGCUCAGCUUGGAAAUGGCUGUGUUUCUCAAACUGUGAACACAAAAGUCUUCCAAAUCAAUCGUUCUGGACUUUUCAUGACAUUUCACAUCAAUGUAAUUGUUACAGAAUCUGGGACAGGUGUGCAGAUCAGUGAAAAGACCUCUGUUGCUAUCACUGAAUUACUUGGCAGUGUGCACUUUGAAAACAUGGACAGUGUCUACAGAAGAGGAAUUUCUUAUUUUGGAACUCUCAAAUUUUAUGGUCCCAAUAAUGUGCCGCUGACCAGCAAGGUGCUGCAGCUGGAGCUCAAUGGCAGAGUUAUAGGGAAUUACACUACAGAUGAGAAUGGCGAGGCUCCGUUUUCCAUUGACACUUCGGACAUAUAUGACCCUAUGUUCUCCCUGAAAGCCACGUUCCUUCAACCCCAGAGCUGCCAUCUUCCCAGCUGGGUGACACCUCACUACUCAGAGGCCUCCUUUGUAGUCUCACGCUUUUAUUCCCGAACCAACAGCUUCCUGAAGAUCGUGCCCACACUGAAGCAGCUGAGAUGUAACCAAGUGAAGAUUGUUACUGUGCAUUACUCCCUAAAUCAUGAAGCAUAUAUGGGUGCCUCAAGUGUAAACUUCUUCUACUUGGUGAUGGCGAAAGGCGCUAUCAUCCUCAAUGGACAAAAGGAACUCAGAAACAAAGCCUGGAAGGGGAGCUUCUCACUGUCAAUCAGCAUCAGUGCUGACCUGGCUCCUGUGGCUGUCCUGCUCGUCUACACUGUCCACCCCAGUGGGGAAAUCGUCGCUGACAGUGUCAAAUUCCAGAUUGACCAGUGUUUUAAAAACAAGGUUAGUAUACAGUUCUCUGAGGCGCACAGGCCACCUGGCUCCAAUACUACUCUCUAUCUUCAAGCUGCCCCUGACUCAUUCUGUGCCCUCCGGGCAGUGGAUAAAAGUGUCCUUCUGCUGAAACCGGAGCAGCAGCUGUCAGCAGAAAGCGUGUACAACAUGCUUCCAUAUACAGAACUAUAUGGUUAUUUCUACAAUGGUCUCAACCUUGAUGAUGGCAGGGCAGAGCCUUGUAUUCCCCAGAAGAACAUGUUUUACAAUGGUUUGUAUUACAUGCCUGUACCCAGCUUGGAAGAUGGGGACACCUAUGAGAUUCUCAUGCACAUGGGUCUGAAAGUCUUUACUAAUCUCCACUACCGAAAACCAGAGCUAUGUACGAUGGACGGAAGUCAGCCGUACCUCAGGCCAUUGUAUCUCGGAGAAGAGAGAUAUGUGCAAUAUGCCGCACCUGCAGUGGCAAAUUUUGAGUUGCGAGAGAGUGCCAGCCAUGUACAACAGGCUAUAAUAGAAACCGUCAGAACAAACUUCCCUGAGACGUGGAUAUGGGACCUCUUCAGUGUUGAUUCCUCAGGUUCAGCGAAUCUUUCAUUCGUCACCCCCGACUCUCUGACUGAAUGGGAGGCAAGUGCCUUCUGUGUGAACGGCCAGGCUGGAUUUGGCAUCUCUUCCACAGUCUCUCUGCGAGUCUCCCAGGCUUUCUUUGUGGAAAUUGCUUCACCGGUCUCAGUUGUUCGAAACGAACAAUGUGAUUUGAUUGUCAGUGUCUUCAGUUACCUGAACACGUGUGCGGAGAUAUCUGUUCAGUUGGAAACAUCUCAGGAUUAUGAAGCCAGUAUUAACACCCUGAAGAGCAAUAAGAAUGAGAUUAUCCAGGCUGGAGAGAAGAAAACAUAUGUCUGGACUCUUAUACCUCAAAACCUGGGUAAAGUAGAUAUCACUGUAGUUGCACAGUCCAGACAAAGCAGCUCCUGCCGAAAUAAAGCAACUGAAGAGGAAAAUGUGAACUGGAAAGACGUCGUGGUCAAGAGCAUAUUGGUAGAGCCUGAAGGGAUUGAGAAAGAAAUGACCCAGAGUUUUCUUAUUUGUACGAAAGGUACCAAGGCCUCCAAGGAGAUAGUGUUGGACUUGCCAAAUGAUAUAGUAGAAGGAUCUGCCAGAGCCUUUUUAAUUGUCAUAGGGGAUAUUCUAGGAGUUGCAAUGCAGAAUCUGGAGAGUCUUCUCCAAAUGCCUUAUGGAUGGGAAGAACAGAAUAUUGCCCUUCUAGCUGCCAAUACCUAUGUCCUCGACUACCUGAGAGCUACAAAGCAACUGACAGAGGAAGUUAAAUCUAAGGCAGUGUUUCUCUUAUCUAACGGUUAUCAAAAGCAGUUGUCUUUCAAAAACUUUGAUGGUUCAUAUAGUAUGUUUUGGCAGAGGAAUAAAGAAGGAAACAUAUGGUUUAGCACACGUACUUACGAGACAUUUGAGAGAAUGAAGGAGUAUAUAUUCAUUGACAAAACUGUUCAAAAACAGACCUUAAUCUGGCUUUCAAGCAAACAGAAAGAAAAUGGCUGCUUUGAAAGUAAUGAUAUUUCCAACAAUGAAUGGGAGGGUGGAGAGGAAGAGGAUAUUGGACUCACUGCGUCCGUCAUUGUGAUGCUCCUUGAAGCUGGGCUCAACUCCACUUUUCCUGCUUUAAGAAAUGGGCUCUUUUGCCUGGAAGAUGCCUUAGAAAGGGGUGUUACUAGCAGCUACACUCAUGCAAUCCUCGCCUACACUUUUGCAUUAGCUGGAAAGGAAGAGCAAGUGGAAACCUUGCUUCAGAUCUUGGAUCAAUCUGCCACAAAAAUAAAUAAUGUGAUAUACUGGGAAAAGGAACAGAAAGACAAGGCAGACAAUUUCCCAUCCUCAAGUCCUUGGGCUCCUAGUGAGAUGGAGAAGACUUGUUACGUGCUGUUGGCUGUAUUGUCCCGGAGGACUCAGGACUUCACCUACGCGAGCAAGAUUGUGCAGUGGCUGGUCCAAAAGAUGAACUCCCACGGAGGCUUCUCUUCCACACAGCAGGACACCACAGUCUGUCUUCUUGCCAUAACCAGCUACAUGAGAUUAACCUUCUCUAAUGACCGAAACACAGUCACGUUUCUAAGUGAAGAAUCCAUGGAGAUUUUCCAGGUUAACAAGGAGAACCGCUUAUUGGUCCAACGUUCAGAACUGACAAAAGCGGAUGGGCAGUACACAGUUGAUGUGGAAGGACAAGGUUGUGUAUUCAUCCAGGCCACCCUCAAGUUUAAUGUUCCACUGCCCAAAAAGUCAUCUGGUUUUUCCCUUUCCUUGGAAAUUGUAAAGAACACCUCCUCAGAUGUGUUACAGCCUGAUUUUGACCUUACAGUGACCCUCAAAUAUACUGGGACUCACAAUAACCCCAGUGUGGUCCUUGUGGAUGUCAAGAUGCUCUCAGGAUUUACCCCGGUCAUGUCAUCCAUUGAGCAGCUUGAAAACAAUGGCCGUGUAAUGAAGACAGAAGUCAAGAACAACCACGUACUUUUCUACUUAGAAAAUGUUCUGGAUACAGCAAACAGUUUCACCUUUUCUGUUGAGCAAAGCAACCUUGUGUCCAACAUUCAACCAGCUCCAGUCAUGGUCUACAAUUACCAUGCAAAAGAUGAAUAUGCCUUUGAUUCUUACAACAUUGACAAUAUCUCUGUUUCCCAGUGAGACAUAGAAGGAACAGGUGGAAAUCUGUUACUUUAACAAGCUCCUCUUCUGUAUCAACCCGGAGAAUCGUGACACUACAGAUCUUGAAUGAACCAUAAUCUUUUAUGUCUUCUUGUCAAAUUUUGUCUCUUUUUUACCCCAUUAAAGGCUAUAAUGUGAUA